GCUCGUCCAGAUGACCGCCUCUGUUGCCAUCGACCCCCCUGCGCAUGCUUCCGUAAUAUAAGCCAUAAUACAAUGCGCGCGAUCGAUCCCCUCUUGCCAUAGGGUCUCAUGAAGCCCCUCUCAUUCCCCCUCCUAGCCGCCGCGCACGCCUUCCUCGGGCUCGUGGCGGCCCAGUCACUCCCUGCGUUUCCGUCUGCACAGCUAGAUAUCUCAAGUGUGUUCAACAAUCAGGCUGCAUCGGAGGAUGGAUCCUCAGGAGACUUCGAUGGGUUGGGUGGGACGUUCGUUGCUAGCCUCCUCCCACCCGGUACUUGGGAGUAUCAGGGUAUCAAGUACGCGUUCCCCGCCACCUGGGGAAAAGGGGAAGACAAUGUCAUCGCCAACGGCCAGACUGUCAAGCUCCCCAAUGAGACCUACGUAACCGAGCUCCAUAUCGUAUAUUCUGGCGAUGGUCCUGAUUCCGACUUCAGUGCAAACUUCACCAUCAACUACAAAGAUGACUCCACCACUAUCCUCCCACUCACUGGCCUUGAAUGGUUUCAGUUUCCCGAGAUGAACUGGGGCACCAUCCCGACGCGGUAUCACCACGUGAACUACAGCUCCGCUAUCAACUGGAACGUCUCUUCGCUUUACCAGCUUUCCAUCGGUAUCCCGUCGCAAUCGCCGCUCGAGAACAUCACGUUCCCCGAGACGGCAGACGCAACCGAUCGCGUGCACAUCUUCGCGCUCUCGUACACGCCGGCCGUUGUUCCAACUACGGCUAAGCCCACAGGCCCCGAGCUCGCGGUCAAGAGCGUCGAGUUCAGCACGCGCUGGGAGCAGGUCGGCAGCUCGCGUGCACAGACGGUUGCUGUUGCGCUUGCGAACCUCCUUCCUGCAAAGUACGCGACCGCUGGGAACGCGUCGACCAAUGCGACGGUCAACGAGGCGUAUACGGUUGAAGUCUCGGGUGGGGGUGUGACGACUGUCGCGCCUGGGGUGUUCUACCGACUUGUUCCGACGGACCAGGUUAACCUUGAUGUCUUGGUUACCGGUGGGGACAAUGGGCAGACUGCGACGGUCACGGUGAAGAAUGCGGCAGGCGCCGUUGUUGGCACGUCGGCGGGGUGGCCUGUUACGCCGCUGAGGACGAGCUGGACGCCCGAGGUGGAUGCGUUGACUACGCAUGAGACGCCAACAUGGUGGAGGAAAGCCAAAUACGGGAUAUUCAUCCACUGGGGCCUCUACAGUGUGCCUGCAUACGGCCACAACUCGUAUGCGGAGUGGUACGACUGGGCCUUACACAACCCAAACAGCUCCCAGAGCCCAACAUGGGUGCACCACAAGGAGGUCUACGGCGAAAACGUCGUCUACGACGACUUCAUCGCGAACUUCACCGCGGGCCUGUGGAGCCCGACGGAGUGGCUGCAGCUCAUCGAGGACGCGGGCGCCAAGUACUUUGUGCAGGUGACGAAGCACCACGACGGGUACGCGCUGUUCGACACGGGCAACACGUCGCACCGCUCGAGCGUGUAUCUCGGUCCGAAGCGGGAUUUUGUCAAGGAGCUGUUCGAUGCUGCGAAGGCGGGGUUUCCGGAGUUGCAUCGCGGGACGUAUUUCUCGCUGCCUGAGUGGUUCAAUCCGUUCUAUGCGCCGUACGGGUUCGAGUCGUGGCCGGGCGGGCUAGCGCAUAAUGCGUAUAAUUGGUCGGAGAUCGAGCCGUAUACGGGGUUGAUCAAUGUCACGGACUUUAUCACGGAUCUGCAGUUCCCGCAGAUGCUGUCGCUUGCGCAGAACUACGACACGGAGAUCAUGUGGUGCGAUAUCGGCGGGCCGAACAUGACGCUCGAGUUUGCGGCUGCGUACUACAACCAUGCCUGGGAGAACGGGUAUCAAGUGACUAUGAACGACCGUUGUGGUAAUGUGCCUGACUACUCGACGCCUGAGUACACCGUGUUCGGCUCGCUGCAGACGACGUCGUGGGAGACGAACGAGGGGAUGGACCCAGACAGUUAUGGGAUCAAUAACCAGACGACGCCCGACGAGUAUAAGAACGGGACGACGAUUGUACAGACGCUGGUUGAUGUCGUGAGCAAGAACGGAAACUAUCUUCUCGACGUCGGACCCACAGCGGAAGGCGUCAUCAUCCCCGCGAUGGCCGACAACCUGCGCGACGCCGGGCGCUGGCUGUCCUACUCCGGCGCAUGCGUGUACAACACGAGCUACUGGCCGCAGGCGCAGCAGUCGCCCGACGGCAGCGUGCGCUUCCUCACCACGCCGACGACGUUCUGCAUCGUCGCGUUCGACAAGCCCAGCGGGACGCUCACCGUCGACGCGGGCGGCGCGGUGUUGCCCGUCUUGCAGGGCGAUGAGGUUAGGCUCCUGGGUCCGAGUGGGAAUGGGACGGCGCUGAGGUGGAGUGUGGGUGAGGGUGGGGUGAUGAGUGUUGAGGUGGACGCGGGUGAGGUGGACGAGGUGGAGUAUGCGUGGGCGUUUGAGGUGAGGUAUGCGGUGGCGAAUGGGACUUCGAGUGAGGCGGUGGCUUCUGGCGUGGCUGUCGAUGUUGGGGCUGAGGCUGGGUAUCCGGCGGAGGUGGGACAUGUGGCGCAGCAGGUGCUGAGUGCGGGGCAAAGCAUAUGAGCGCGAUGACGUCUCGGAUGCAUCGUGCUCGGCAGGUGUAGAUACACUAGCCGUGGUGAUAACUUUCAAUGGACUAAUUUCUUGAACGUGCACAAGCUCCUAUUUUUGAAACUAAAUCAUUAUGUCUAAGAGGUCCAGCGAAUUGUUUUGGACUCGUAUGCGGACUUCUAGCACCUACCCAAUUUCACACAAUCGACAAAUAUUUUCC